GAGAGAGCGGACACUUGCACACGCACUGCCGGUGUUCUCAAGACUGAGUUCACACUCCGUUGUGUGUGCGGGAGAGCACGUCGCCAGACUGCCAUCCACGCGCACACACACCACAUCAACUGCAACCUGCCCAGAAGGAGAGAAGAGGUGGUAGCACACACCUCAGCUGCAAUCACAGAGAUGGAAACAGCAGCAUUGCGGGACUGACUAGCUGCGGUUGCUGCUGCGAAGCUUUUUGAAGGAAACUAACUUCGGGAGAGAAACUUAACUUCUUCCCCACAGCGAAUCGCCUGAGUCACGCAGAGCGUCGUUUCCGGCUCCCUGUCUGUCUUAGUAUGUGCAGGGGAAACUCUGCUUCGCCGCCGGUGACGCUCACCAAAAGCUCUCUCAUCGUCUGAAUUUAGAGAGAGGAGAGAGUCUUAAUUAAGCUAUACAAUGCGUUCAGAUAGCAGUUAACGAAACAGCCGUGACAUUUUAAUACGCAGCAAACCAGAUGCGAACUCUCACAUUCACCUGGAGAUUUGCUGCAUUCGCGAUGAUCGUGACUACGAGACACUGAGCAGCUGUAUCCCUCCUCUCUCUCUUUCUCCCUCCCGCUCUCUCUUUUGUCUUUUUCUCUCUCUCGCUCUCUCUUUGCGGGUUCACUACAAGGCUACCAGCCAUUUAGCAAUUUCAGCAGUGCAAUGGAGCAGCUCAGAUUCAGCACCUUGGACACCGCUGGAGUUCUACUGUGUUUGUUCGCGAUCCUAGUCCGGUUUACGGUCUCCGCCGAGCAGGAGGGAGAGAACCUCUCCGGUCUGUCCACCAACCCGGAUAAAGACAUAUUCGUGGUCCGAGAGAACGGGACCACCUGCCUCAUGGUCGAGUUCGCUGUCCGCUUCACGGUCCCCUUCGAUGUCCUCGCGCUCAACGGAAUAGAUCUUAUCACGGAGAAUGCGUAUCUGGCUCUGCCUCGCGGGGCAGACAUAGAGGGGAAAUGCGGGAGCCAGGAUGCCCAUAUACACAUUUCGUGGGAUGAUAACGCCUACACACUCCGCAUCUACUUCGUCAAGGAAAUCAGUGGCAAUGGACAUGUGUGGAAAAUUAGCAAGGUGCAGUUCGUUUAUGACACCUCGGAGAAAACGCAUUUCCUCAACCCAUACAACCCUGGGAAGCACACAGCCAGCACCCACCAUUUGUCAGCGUUAGAGACCCCUGCUGGCCGCUCAUAUGUCUGCGAGGCUAAGCAGACACUCACCCUCAUCUCCAGUGACCACCAGAAGGGAGUGACUGUUGCCAUAAGUGACGUCCAGAUCCAGCCCUUCGACAUCAACUCAGAUUUCAUGUUCAGUGAAGCCUAUAAGUGCAUCACGGACCAGAGGGAACAGCUGGAGGAGACUCUUCCUCUGAUCCUGGGCUUCAUCCUGGGCCUCAUCAUCGUCAUCACACUCUCCGUCUACCACUUCCACCUUAAACUGACUGCUGCCACUCAGUCUCAGCUGCCUUGCGACCGAUCCAUGUACAACAACAUGUAAGGAACUGGACAUUUAAACAGCCACUGUACCACAAAUCUCCCUGGUCAAGAGGAAUAUGUAAGAUAUCAGAUAUUAUCAUCACAAUAGUACAACUCCAUGUUCAAGGUAAUAGGACAUUGAAACAAGCACAACGUGAUGUUCAAGGUAAUAGGACAUUGAAACAAGCACAACUCCAUGUUCAAGGUAAUAGGACAUUGAAACAAGCACAAUGUGAUGUUCAAGACAUUACAACCACUAUACUAUAAAAUCAAGACAACAUGACCACUCUCCAUUCAAGGAUUGGACAUUAGAACAACAAUCAUUGAUGACAAUUAUAACCGCAACGCUCCUGCCUCUCCAAAGUCAAACCAACGUAACUUCCCCUGCUCUGAACUUCACCAUAUAUUGGAGAGUAUGCCAGAACUUGAUGGAGGCCUAACUUGCAAUAUGGCUAACUUGAGAUAUGCUUUUGAGUAAAACCAUGCAUUGUCAAUUGGAGACUUGCGCAACAUUUGAUUUACGCGCAGAGAUUUUUCAGUUAGCAUUCCACCCAUAGAUGGUGUUCUGUUGUUUGUGUCCAUACAUCGUGGUUAUGUGGAGAAGCCUGCAGUUUGUCAUUCCCCAUCCCCUGUCUCUCUGUCUUUCCUGUGAACACGCUGCAAAACAAGUUGUGAAAGUGGAGAGGGUUGUGCUGUGUGCAGGUGUUUCAACGACCUUCAGAAAUCAUGAAAAAUAAAGAAUUGCAGGCAGUGUAUUUACUUUGGUUUGAUGGAUCCUUUUCCAGAUCCCAUUUUAUGGAAUUAUAUCAAGAAAAAAUAUGAAAUAUGUAAAUAAAACAAAUAAAACAUCUUCUGUAAAAAACUUGCAAAGAAAUUAUGUAAUAAUUUAUCUUCAAUCAGAAUGUCAGACGAAUAAAGUGUAUCAUUGUGAAAGAAAUGUGCGCUAUUUAAGCUUCAAAAAUAAUAAAUGUACAAUAUUUUC